AUGUCGUUCUCCCCCGCAGGCGCCGACAUAGGUGCCGGCAGCAGUGGCCCUAGCUCGUCGCGGUCCGGCCCAAUCACCGAUCUGCCUCAAGCACAAGUCGACGCGAUUAUCCGAGCGAAACGCAAGGCGCGCGAGCCGAAAGCCUGCUACCCCUGCCAUGCGCGGAAAGUGAAAUGCGACCGCAACCUGCCGUGCGACGGGUGCGUUAAGCGCGACCAUGCGGAGCUGUGCUCGUAUGAGCGGCCGUCGAAGAGACGCGUUGGGAUGGGCAUGGAGACGGGAUACUUGGACGGUGCCGCGGGGAUUCCUCCUGUUACUGCUGGCCCUGCCGGUGGCGCAAGGUUGUCGGUCGGCGGGGAGACUGGGAUAUCGGAUGGAUCGGUCAGAUUGAAGCAGGAGCCUGGCAUGAGUAGCCAGGCGAGUCCGGCGAGUGGGGGACGGGUUUCGAUCGCGCGCGAGGACUGGGAUAAUGUGCGGACCAAGUUGAGGGAGAUGGAGCAGACGCUUGCGAUUAUGCGGGCGGGACUGGACAAGGCGAAUGAGGAUGGCGGGGGCAUGGCGUCGGCUUCGACGCUGGAGACGGGGAGCGUGCAGAGCGCUGAUGCAAGUAACCGCUCGAAGGGUGCGUCGCCGGAGCGAGAGGGGAUCCUUGCGCCGAAUACUUUGGGUGAGGGGACGGUUCAUCUUGGCUCGCGGUCGGUCCUGGCUUAUAUCCUGAACAACAAGUCCGGGUCCGAUCAGUUACAGGCUUUGCUUGAGGGAGGGAUCCUGCCGAAGCUCGGACUUGACAACGAGUCUGCGACGUAUCCGUUUGUUGAUUUGUGGUCGUCUGAGAUGUCGACUUUUGACAUUAGUGCGGUCUGCUGCGCGCUUCCGUCAGACCAGCAAUGCAAGGAGUUCUGGUGUUACUAUCGAGAUAUCGCCGGCGCCAUCUACCCAGUUAUCGAGGAUGUGGCUGUGUUUGAGCGGAACCUUGACCUUCUGCUGCAAAAUAGGACUACUGCCGGCGGAGUGUACAAGGCGGAUGAUGAUCAAGCACAAAGGCCGUUCGGCAUCUCCAUUGCGUAUCUCGGCUUGCUGUUCGCAGUGCUGGCGUCAGGCUGCCAGUCGUCGGACUUGCCUGGAAAAGAGCGCGAGCUUAGUUCACAAGUCUUUGUGUGCUGCUCGUACCAAUGUCUUCGAAUGACCAACUUCCUGUCACAGCCGACGAUAGAAGCUAUCCAGACCUUGCUAGUGAUUGGCAACGUCCUGGCAUAUAACAUGAACCCAGGAAUCUCCUACGUUCUGCUAGGCAUGACUCUUCGAAUGGGCCUAGCUCUGGGACUUCACGUCGAGUCCAGUCACUUCUCCGCUGCAGAACGUUAUCGACGACGGCAUACGUGGUGGUCCAUGGCAUGGCAAGACAGCCACUUCUCACUAUCCUAUGACCGCCCGUCGACCACCGCUGUUAGCCAACCCGAAAUCGCGAAAAGGGAGGGCUCAAAACCGGGCGACUACUCUUAUUUCGAGUCGCUAUGCGGGGUCAUCUCCUUGGCCCUCAAGGUCGUCCGCAGCCGCAUGCUCAGCCCACACUCGCAGUUAAGCUGGGAAAACAUCCAAAACUACAACCACCAGAUUCAGAAGAUCCUCGUCGAAGCGCGCCCCUACCUCCGCGAUCCCAAAUACUGCAUCACCCCCACAGAACACCUCGAGCGCACCGUCCUCAAACUCCACUCCUCGUACUUCUCCUCUGAGCUCUGCCGGCCAGCGCUCAAAGCCACCAAUACCCGUGAUCCGCAAACCGCUCGCAUGCGCUCCGAGUGUCUUGAACAUCUAAUGACAACGGUAGAUGCGUAUGUUGAGAUGCACACCGUCAGCCCGCACGCCGCCCGGUCUUGGAUCACCCUGCAGCGCGCAAUCAGCUCAAUAUUCCUGCUUGCCGUCACCGAAGAAAUGAAAUCGAACGCGCACUUCUGGGCCCUCCUCCGCAAACUCAAAGCCAUCAUCAGCGAACGCGCAAACGCAGAGUUCGACUACGGCGCACCAAACCGUAGCGCUGUGGUCGACAACCUCGGCCAGCCGAUUCCAAACCCCAACGCCCCCUCGCCAGCAGCUCUAAGCUCUCCUGCUGCCGCCGCCGUCGCGGUCGAAACACAAACGCAGUGGGCGAAGCCAUUGACGAAAACCCUUCGUGCUCUCGAGAAACUGGAAGCAGCUUUCCACACCCAAACAUCCCCUCUUAUGACAACCGGUGCAUCCCCAACAUACCUCAACCCCGCCACCGCAAUGCACGGCGCCACGAACCCAAUCGUUCCUGUCCCAGGGUCGUCAGCUUCCGGCAUGACGCCAAAUCUGGGCUCACUGCCGCCUCAUACGCCGGAGAGCUCAACGAGCGGGGAGUGGACGAUCCCGAAUAUCCUCGACCGCGCGCAGGAGUACAUUCAUCCGCCUCUGUGGAGUUGA